AAAUGAUGACAUGAAAAACGAGACAUGAUCUUGCUUGCUGUCGUCUAGAUACAUAAGGAGAUACAAGCACCAGAAGUUAACAAGAUCCACACGCCAGAGUAUAAUGGCAUCAAAGAAGCAGUCAAGCUGCCCACAUGUGUCCUAUGUUGACAGUGUUACCUGGGAAGAACUUCGUACCAAACAUGAGCUGAAGGAUCUGACAUGCAACACUUGUGAUGUGAAAGCCAACAAUUUAUGGCUGUGUCUGGUUGGGGCUUGUCAGUAUGUAGGCUGUGGUGAAUCAGUCAAGGAUCAUAGCUCGGAACAUGCCAUGGACAAAAAACACAGCAUGACCAUCAACCUGUCUACCCUGAGGAUCUGGUGCUACGCUUGUGAAUCAGAGGUGUUUCCAGGCAGGAACAAACCUUUCUUCACAAUUCCGGAAAACUCAGCAAGUGUGUUGUCUGCAAAGAAGAAGAAUAGUAUGUUGAGGAAAUCUGCAUCAAGUUCUACCAACAGUUCCCCUACACGUGGUAACUCAUCAGCUGGCGAGGAGUCUGACUCCGACCUUGAGGAUGAUAACAUAAAGCCAAGAGGUUUGACUGGACUACAAAAUCUGGGAAACACAUGCUACCUGAAUUCAGCUCUCCAGGCUUUAUCUAACUGUCCUCCUCUGAGUCGAUUCUUCCUUGAUUGUCAUGGCUUUGUGCAGCCAGAGAAAAACCCAAAAUUAUCAAGAAGUUAUCAACGUUUGAUCAGCGAAGUUUGGCACAAACGCAGACCCAGCUAUGUGAUUCCUAACAGUGUAGUCAAUGGGAUUAAGGUAGUCCAUCCCAUGUUUAGAGGAUAUUCCCAGCAGGAUGCUCAAGAAUUUCUGCGAUGUUUCAUGGAUGAACUUCAUGAAGAACUGAAACAACCUCUACCGUGUGACUCGGACGAUAAUGAUGAUGAUUCUGAUGAAAAAAAUGCAGAGGAGUCCCACAAAUUUAUAGCGUCACAUGAUCGUCAGUUGUCAAUGGAUUCUAAUAGCAGCAGCCAGUCAGAAGACUUUUACGAGACAUGUGACUCUGGUCUUAGUAGUGAGAGGUGUUCAGCAGAUGUAGCAAUUAUUGGUGAAGAAGGUGAAAGCACAACUGUACAAAACUCUGACAAUUCUGCUCACAGUAACAAAACAGAUUCUCACUCCAGAGUCAGUGCUGGUAAAACGUAUGCCCGACUUCGACAGAAUGAGGAGAAAGGGGGCAAGACUCAUAUAGAGGACAGUGUAGUGGCUAGUAAACACUUAAAGGAGACAGUCAAUCAGAUGUCGAAACGGUCAGGCAGCACAGUGACCAUUAAUAGCGCCACCUGUACAGAGGACAGUGGUCAUCCUGAUGAUAUUCCAUCGGAUGGGGAAUCAAAUCCAAGUCGAGUUCGUUCAAAGUCUAGCCCGAGGUUUAAACGAGCAUCGGAAAGCUUAGACUCGUGUAAUAGUAUGUCUAGAAACAGUUACUCCACCAAAACCAGUGUGAACAAUAAAAAAGGCAAGCAGAAAAAUGUCCAGUAUCAGUCGGUCAUUUCUGAUACAUUUGAUGGCAAAAUCCUCAGCUCUGUGCAAUGUCUAACUUGUGAACGGGUGUCAACCACAAAAGAGACUUUCCAGGACCUGUCACUUCCUAUCCCGGGGAAGGACCACCUUAACAUGAUCCACCACAGUUCCCAGGGUGGUCCACCGAAGGGUGGGGCCUGUGGAGAGGUGCACCAGGGCUGGUUCUCUUUCAUGUUCUCCUGGAUGAAAAGCUGGUUUGUAGGCCCUACCAUUAACCUGCAGGAUUGUCUUGCUGCUUUCUUCUCCGCUGAUGAACUCAAGGGAGACAACAUGUAUAGCUGUGAAAAAUGUAAAAAACUGCGGAAUGGUAUAAAAUAUUCUAAAGUCUUGGAACUACCUGAGAUCCUGUGUGUUCACCUGAAGAGAUUCAGACAUGAAUUCUACUCAUCAAAGAUCAGCUCCUAUGUGGCAUUUCCUUUGGAUGGACUGGACAUGAAGCCAUACACACACAAAGAUAUAAACAGGUUAACCCUUUCAUUGAGUUGGUUGGCUGUUAUCUGUCACCACGGCACUGCUGGGGCUGGUCACUACACAGCUUACUGUCUCAACUACACUAAUGAACAGUGGUAUGAAUUUGAUGAUCAGUAUGUCACAGAGGUGGACAUCAACCAGGUCAUUAACUGUGAGGCUUACGUCCUGUUCUACAGGAAAAGAAAUGACAAAAUGAUAUCAAUACGACAGAAAGCUAUGCAGCUGAAGGAAACUCAAGAGCCAAGCCUCCUGCAGUUUUUUGUGUCAAAGCAAUGGAUCAACCGUUUUAACAUGUUCGCUGAACCUGGUCCUAUAACUAACUUCGACUUUCUGUGUCCUCAUGGAGGUGUACCACCUCACAAAGUCGACCAUGUGGAGGAUUUGGUAGAAUCAUUUGACCAGUCACUGUGGGAGAAUUUACAUGGCAGGUUUGGUGGUGGGCCAGUAUGUAAUCAUCUAUAUGCAUGCUCUGCCUGUCAAACAGAACUUGACAACUUAAUUUACCGACAGAAAACAGAACUGGAGCAGUUUGUGGCACUCAACGAGAAGUUUAAAGACGAAGACAACCCACAUAUAAUUUAUGCUAUCAGUAUGACAUGGUUCAAGGAAUGGGAAAAUUUUGUACGCAAGCGUACGUCAACCCUGCCUGGUCCAGUGGACAACAAGGCCAUCUCAGUAAUGAGAAACGGUCAGCUGAUAGUCCGACAUAAUUCUGACUAUGGUCAACUAUCCGAGGAAAUGUGGCAGUUUCUGCUGGGUAUUUACCAUGGAGGGCCAGAGGUUGUUAUCAAACAGGUGUCCUCACUUCGAUCACCUUCUCCCUCCAGUCACCUCUCCUCCUCACCCUCAGCAUCCUCACUCAAUCUGCCAAAGUCAAAUGAAGGGCAAACAACUCCUACACAACCUCAACAACCCCUACGUACCCUGGCCAAGCAGGCAGGUAAGGGAAUUAAUGCAGAAUCACAGGAUGACCUGGAAGACAAAACGACCAGAGCAGACAGUGAACAGGACAGAAACUGUGGUGAUGCAGAUGACAAACAGAAUAGAGCAGAUGGUCAACAUGAGGACUCCAAGGAUACAGACCAGGACACCAACCAGAGUGCUAUAGAAACCAAGUCUCAAGAGGAGGAGGUCCUGAUCCCUGAAGAAGGGGAGACUACUCAUACAGAAGGCCAAUCAAAUGUGCAACAGAUGGAACAGAAGGAGGAAUAGAUUAAAAUGCUGACACAUGCUGAAAUUUCUCUAGUCAUCACAGGGCUUUGUGUCUACAUCAGAGGCUGUGUUACCCUGUUUUACUUAAGACAUAGCAAUGCUUGUCAUCUUGCCUCAAGGAAGAAGUGAAGACUGAUUCUUUACCAUUGGCAUUAACAUUUAGUGUAUGGAGUCCUGAAGCAGCCACAUAUGGUAUAUUGUUAGAUCUAAAGAUGUACAGGUACACUUGGGAGAUUGAAAAAUGAGAUUUGGAUUGCUGUGGUCUAUCUUAGGUUGAAAAGCAUGAAAUUUUGAUGAAUUUUGAGAACUUUAAAAUAUUUUUUGAUUGACUUAAAAAUGACAUAUACAGUUUUAAAUGUACAAGUUGUCUUUAUCUAGUUUUUAGAAAGUACAAAUUCCAAAAACUAAAUCAGGACAAAAGUAGAAUUUUGUAUUAAUUUUAUCUAUAUCAAGGGUGAAAAACAUGAAAAUUGAGGUGGAUUUUGAGAACUGCAUAAACAAUCAUUAGAUUUACUUUUGGUUUUGUAAAUAUCUUCAACAAAAGAUGUAUUUUUUGAUAAAAAAAAAUAAUUAAGAUUUUAUCAGAAUUUUUUCUCUAAAAUUCAUGCUUACAAACUUACGUCACAAUGGUAAGUCAAAGAAAGGGACAGCAAGAUAGAAUUAUGUACUUCUUUUGUUUUACAAUAUCUCUCCCUCAUAUUGUGUGUGACUCAUGGUCCUUUGUGUGGUAUCAGUGUACAGCUGUGCAAUUGUAUCCACUGUAGUUAGAUUUUUUGGUGCUUCCUCUUGAUGAGUCUAGGUCUAUUUGAGUAGGAUGAGACAGGUGGAGUUUCAGAAGUCCUGGACUGUUGAGUCUAGGUCUGCUGGAGUAAGAUGAGACAGGUGAAGAGACAGUAGUCCUGGACUGUUGAUGAGUCUAGGUCUGCUGGAGUAAGACUUGACAGGUGGAGUUUCAGAAGUCCUGGACUGUUGUUGAGUCUAGGUCUGCUGGAGUAAGAUGAGACAGGUGGAGGGACAGUAGUCCUGGACUUCUGUUGAUGAGUCUAGGUCUGCAGGAGUAAGACAAGACAGGUGGAGUGACAGUAGUCCUGGACUUAUGUUGAUGAGCCUAGGUCUGCAGGAGUAAGACGAGACAGGUGGAGUGACAGUAGUCCUGGACUGUUGAUGAGUCUAGGUCUGCUGGAGUAAGAUGAGACAGGUGGAGUGACAGUAGUCCUGGACUUCUGCUGAUGAGUCUAGGUAUGCUGGAGUAAGAUGAGACAGGUGAAGAGACAGUAGUCCUGGACUGUUGACGAGUCUAGGUAUGCUGGAGUAAGAUGAGACAGGUGGAGUGACAGUAGUCCUGGACUUCUGUUGAUGAGUCUAGGUAUGCUGGAGAAAGAUGAGACAGGUGGAGUGACAGUAGUCCUUGACUUCUGUUGAUGAAUUUAGGUCUGCUGGAGUAAGAUGAGACAGGUGGAGUGACAGUUCUCCUUGACUUCUGUUGAUGAGUCUAGGUCUGCAGGAGUAAGAUGUGACAGGUGGACUGACAGUAGUCCUGGACUGUUGAUGAGUCUAGGUCUGCUGGAGUAAGAUGAGACAGGUGGAGUGACAGUUCUCCUUGACUUCUGUUGAUGAGUCUAGGUCUGCAGGAGUAAGAUGUGACAGGUGGACUGACAGUAGUCCUGGACUGUUGUUGAGUCUAGGUCUGCUGGAGUAAGAUGAGACAGGUGGAGUGACAGUUCUCCUUGACUUCUGUUGAUGAGUCUAGGUCUGCAGGAGUAAGAUGUGACAGGUGGACUGACAGUAGUCCUGGGCAUCUCCGCCAGUUGUGAUCAUUUUGGGAUGUUAAAGACUUACAGUUACUCAAUUUUCUCUCUGAAAUGCAAUAUUGUUUGUUUGUGAUUUUUUCUCUAAAAUGUUUAUGUGGGUUAUGCUUUUGAUAUACAGUUAUGCAGAAAUUUGUCUGGGAAAAAUGUUUUUAUUGGAUAUGUUGUACAUUGCAUGUCUUUCUUCGGUAUUUAUUAAUGAUUUAACUUAAAGCAUAAUUAUAUGACAUGUAUAUAGACUUGAUGUUUUUCAAUAGCUGUCAUGUGAUUGACUACAUAUGUCAUGUGAUUGACUACACAUCUUGUGAUAUUUGUUGACAGUGUCAUGUGAUUAACUAUACAUGUCAUGUGAUAUCUGUCAAGGGUGUCAUGUGAUAGACUGUACAUGUCAUGUGACAUCUGUGAACAGGGUCAUGUGAUGAUACCUGUCAAAUUUAUCGACAUGUCUCAUUGAAAUGAUUAUCAAGUCAUGCUAUUUAACUUGUUAUUUGAUGUAAAUUAUUAGUAAAUCUGUAGUGGUUAUCCAGACGCAUCAUCAAUGUAACUACCAGAAAUGUCAUUGAUGCAGUUACCUGACAUUUUAUUGAUGUGGUCACCCCGACUGUCAUCAAUGUGGCUACUCAGAAAUACCUUUGAAAUGGUAACCAAGAAAUGUCACUGAUUAUGCCAUUUAUGUGGUAACCUAGAAAUGUCAUUGAUAUGGUCACCCAGACAUGUUAUCAAUCCAGUUACCUUGACCUGCCAUCUAGCGGUUUAAUACCAAGAAAUGCCAUUGAUGUGGCUACUCAGAUAAGUGUUACUGAUAAAUGUUAUCGUUAAUGGAGUAUAAUGAUAUCUACAACUAUAGGGCAUCUGUGACUUGUGGAUUAUAGCUGAGGGACUGGUGUAUAAUGAUAUCUACCACUAUAGGGUAUCUGUGACAAGUGGAUUAUAGCUAAGGGACUGGAGUAUAAUGACAUCUACCAGCUAUAGAGUAUCUGUGACUUGUGGAUUAUAGCUAAGGGACUGGAGUAUAAUGAUAUCUACCACUAUAGGGUAUCUGUGACUUGUGGAUUAUAGCUAAGGGACUGGAGUAUAAUGAUAUCUACCACUAUAGGGUAUCUGUGACUUGUGGAUUAUAGCUAAGGGACUGGAGUAUAAUGAUAUCUACCACUAUAGGGUAUCUGUGACUUGUGGAUUAUAGCUAAGGGACUGGAGUAUAAUGAUAUCUACCACUAUAGGGUAUCUGUGACUUGUGGAUUAUAGCUAAGGGACUGGAGUAUAAUGAUAUCUACCACUAUAGGGUAUCUGUGACUUGCGGAUUAUAGCUGAGGGACUGGAGUAUAAUGAUAUCCACCGCCUACAGAACUUGACAGUAUGGGAGAUAGUUGUGAAUGGUUAUUUAUUGAAGUCUUUGUGUUGUGUGUUACCUGUUUAACAUUUGAAGUCAUAUUUAUCUCACGAGAUAAUGUACCCAAGGAUUUUGUUUUUUUUCUUUCUUAACAGUGAACAAGUGCACAUAGUGAUGUAUAUUUUCAUAAGAAUCACAUUACAAUCAGAUGGAAAUAGAAAAUCUACUGGCACAUCAGUUUGUGCAGGAUAUAAUUAUUGAAUAAAGGAGUAUCGUUAUGAAAUGUCAGUAAACUUCUAAAUAAUAUCAAUUGCAAAAAAGUCUUUCAUUUGAAUCAUUUUCAUUAAACCCGGCUUGUGAGCAUUGGUUAUAAAGCUUUGUUUGUUGUCGGUAAUUAGUAUCGACUGGAUUUACAAUGUUCACUUGAUAGAACCCAAUCCUAUAACAAGACUUUCCCAUCCUUGGAUUGUGAUCAUUAAUUUUCUUAUUUAAUUGACAUGACAGAAAAUAAGAUACAGGAUACAUUUUGAUAUCAACAUUGUUUACACUUAUUCAAAACUUGUUUUAGCCAGGAUUGGUACAAUACAUAUUUGCAUGUAACAUAUUUCUCAUAUUUUGAUAAAAUUUGUAAAAUGUAGAAUAGAAGUUCUUACAUCACAACUAGUAGAAAUUCUUAAGACAUAGAAGUUCUUAUAACACAACCAGUGGAAAGACAUGCUAAGUUAACAUAACUGUAAUCUUAAUAUAUAAGCAAUCAGUUUCAUUCAAAGAUAAAAAUCUUUUAAUAUUUGUCACCUAAAGUUAGUUUGUCUGUUGUUCAUAUUGCUGCAAAUUAUGUAGAAAUAUUUAAUUACAACUAGUAAAUUAUGUUGAUUAAAGAUUUUAACUUUGAAGAGUUACUUUUAAAUGGUGAUAUUUGUUUUGUCAUA